AUGUACCAGGGCAUAUGGAUGCAAAAUGAUUCUCGGCGGUCCAACCCAGGCUGGGUAACAGACAAUGUUUCUGGACAGAAACCGCUUGUAUUGGGACCAAGCCAAAGUCGAUUUGUGUUCACAGAUCGGCCAACGCGGGAAGAUUCUCAUUUCGGCGCACGAAACGAUACAUGUGCCUCAAAAUUGUCUGUCAUCAGAAUAUCAGACCAACAACUGUGCUUCGUGGGUAAGCGCUCCGUUGACGCUGGUGUUGAGCACGCCAUGAUGAAGAGUGCGGGCAUCACAAAGGAUGUCAAGCGUUGGAGGACAAACGUGUUCGGCAGAUUCCAAGAGAGCUUCUACCAGAGGAGAUCGUAUUUGAGCUUCAGAUUCUUGUGGUUACUCGGUAUUUGA